GGAGUCGGUUAAAGCGUGGUGAUCGCGGGCGAGGUGGUGGGUGGUGGGAGCAUUUUGCAAACCAAACCUGAACUGAACCGCUACCGGAAUGCGCAGUCUUGAACCGGUUCUUUGUUGACUACGACCAAGUCCCAAUUCUAUGCUCUGCGCUCGUUAUAUGAUCCCACAGAUCAGUAUCGACCCCGAAAGCAAACCACUCGCUCUGGAUUUCCGGCUGAUGUAGCAUGUCGCGCAAGCGGCCGUUGUCGACUGAGCAGCCAGCUGACUCCAUCUUUCUUGGAACGGCUCUGUCGUCGAGCUCAGAGUAUGCGCCAGUCUGGAAACAGGACGCUCGAGACGAGCAGGGCCGCAAGCGCUUCCAUGGUGCCUUCACCGGCGGUUUCUCUGCUGGCUACUUCAAUACCGUAGGCUCCAAGGAGGGUUGGCAACCCUCUCAGUACAUAUCCAAGAAUGGGAAGGGCAAAAAGCUCACCCCGGAAGACUUUAUGGACGAAGAGGAUCUUGCGGAUAUUCGACAAAACGAGACACUGGUUGCUGCAUCAUCUCUGAAAUCACGCGCCGAUCCAGCCACCGGUGCACAGGACUUAUUCGGUAUCAUAGCGCUUGCUAAAUCAAAUGAUGAGUCCUCUGGGAUUGCGCUGUUGCGAAAGUUGGGCUGGAAGCCAGGAUAUGGAAUUGGGCCCCUAACGGAAACAGUCAUUGAGGGACGUAAGGUCAUGAUGCCGCCGAAAUUGGCGGCAGCUAGUUUACAUCUACAAACCAAGCAAGGAAAGCAAGGGCUUGGGUUCGCUGAAGAUUCUCCUGUGUCUCUUCUGAGCUCGUUAGAGGCAGAAUCCGGUGAGUCUCCUGCUGCUGGUUCGAAAAGCAGUCUACCAGCAGCUUCUACUAUAACGAAGAAAAAGAGUACUGGAAUAGGUACUGGUGUGCUAGCUGAUUACGAGGACAACGAAGAAGACGAAGACCCAUACGAGAUCAAGCCUAUCAAAUACGACAAAAGCAUUGGUUCCAAGAAGAGUGCGAAAAAGGUGCAGGCAAAGAAGCCGUCUACAGCUGCGCGGAAUAGCUCUCUGGUCUACACUUCGAGUAAAAUUUUGUCUAAAAUGCCUCGGCAUUGCAGUGAUGGUCGUCCACCUUUAUCCGGUUUCGUCCUAUCAUCAGCUCCUCCUCUUUCUUCCUGGAACAGUCUGAUGGCCAAGUACGGCCCCCCAGAUAUUCCUUCGUCCUUUGUUUCCGGCAUCCUGAUCAUGAAAGAUCCAAAUACAAUCGUCACGCCCAAGAUGAUAGCGGAAUAUCGGAGUCAACAUGUGGAAAGACAGAAACUACCUAGCUCACUGCCUCCAGAUGCCGCCCGAGAUGCCGAGCAGCGAAAAUCAGAUAGAUCACAGCUUUCUGCCGCGGAUAGAUCUCGCUUGCUUGGAGAGUCGGCCAACAAGGGGAAAUCUGUCUUUGAUUUCAUGACUCCUGAGCAACGAGAGAAACUCGUCAAGUUGACGGGAAACACGAACUUGCCUCCUGCCAAGUCCGAGCGGGAUCGGCUUAUGGCAGAAAGUGCACAAAAGUCGUCGGUACCAGAUGACAACGCUUUGAUCCAUUUGAUUCCUCUGAUUGGACGCGACACAGCUUUAGCGGCAUUGUCCAGGGCAGCUUUCCUGCCAUAUGGCGAUAAUCCGGAUAAGCGUCAGCGCUACAAAACCUAUCUCGAGGCUAAUGCCGAGAUGGUGGACGUCGAACGUAUUCUGUCUCCACUGGCAGGACGGAGGAGAGGUGUUUCGGAUGGAGAGGCUGGAACGAUGGAUAGGGAAGAUUGGCAGAAAGAGUUGCGUGAGUUCAAAAAAUCAGCCGAGCUCUUCAAACCUCUGAGUGGCAUGCUCGCCAACCGAUUUACUUCCUCAUCGUCAUCCAGCUCAAACCAGAUGCCAGUCAAUUCCGAUGAUGAUGUGGUAAUACUACAAGGCGGCAGUGCCUCUGCACCAAGCAGUGCUCCAGUCGACGAGAGAAAGCAGGCAGCAGAAAUGGGAAUGUACGGAAGUCUGACGAGACGGGUGGAGUUUUGGUCGCCUAGUAGGCUGCUUUGCAAGCGGUUCGGGGUGCCUCCUCCACUUUCCCUACUGGAGAAUGUCGAUGAUGGCGGCACUACAUCAAUUGCUAUGAAAGCUACUGCUCCGCGUGCUACGGAGCUGGUUUCUGAUACGGUGUUGAAAAACAUAGCGGCAGACGCAGAUUUGAAGGUUGACUUGGAUGCCAUCACCACCACAGCCACAAAUAUUGAACCAGAACGCAACGAGGCUCUAGAGCGACCGAAGGCGCCUAGUGACUUAUUUGCUGCUAUAUUUGGAGAUUGAAGGGAUUUAAGAUAGGUGU